CAUGAAAAGGGCGAAGGGAAGAGGAAGAAGGUAGAUUGAUCGAAGCAAGCAAGACUAGUGAGGUGUACUUUUUUUGCAGUCUGAACGUGUGUGCUUUUUCAAACUCAUAUUGGGACAUACGAAUGCAACGAUGUCUUCAACUGGGUGGACUCAAGAUCUUCUGAUGGGUACGCAAAUCAUGCAUUCACAUGAGCCCUUUGUGGGUAUGAUCAAUGGAAGAAGACGAUUCAAUUUGAUGGACGCUUUGGGCUUAGAUUUUGACGAUGGAGCAGAUGACUCAGAUUCUUCAGACGAAUGGGGUCGUCCAGCUGGGCCAUACUGCGGUCUCAAACGGAACUUUCUGCAUCGACCCGGUCAUGUCACAGUACUCACUAAACAUCGGCCAAUCACACGAGAGGAAAUAAAGAAGGCAGAAAAGACGGCAGAAGAAUUAAUAGAAGAAGAAGAAAGAUUAAAAAAGAAGGCUGAGAAAAAAAAGCUUAAAAAAAUGAGGCAGAAACAGAAAAAACGACUAGAGAAGCAAGAAAAAGAAAAUGCAAAUAAAGCUAAUGAUAACCAGAAUAAAGGGGAGGAUGAUAAGAAAAAAAAUCUGAAUAAAAAAUCUGCUGAGUCACCCCCUGAUACUAGCCAUCGAUCUAAUUCUGAUGCAAGCACUGAGGAAGAAGAUGAUAAAGGCAGUAUCUCUAGUGAAAAAGGGCAUCAGAAAAAGAAAAAGCAACUUCAAAAAAAGAUUUAUAAUAAAACUAAUGAUGAACAGACUAUAAACUAUAAUGAAGCUGUAAGUAUUAAGGAAGUAAAAAGUAAAACUCGGCAAUUCAACUCGGAUGCCAGCAGUGAUGAGGACGAAGAGAAGGAGAGUAUGCAGAGUGACUUAGAGGAUCUGGACAUGAGCAGCUGUUUUGUGUCAAAUGCCGCCGCGGCCUUUGCCAAACGUAAGCAGGAGAAAGCUAAAGAGAAGAAGGAGAAAAUGGCAAAGAAAACCGCAGAUUCUGUAAAGGAUUCCCAAAAACACUGUACUGAACAACAGAACACUAAACCACAUCAGAAAGAGGUCAUACCACUGUCCACACAGAGUCCAGUAAAGGUUGACUCUGAGAGGAAUGUUGCCGAUCUCAUUGCAAGAAGUAUGGAACUAGCAUACAUGGGGAACCAGUAUGCAGCCAGUGGCGAUUUGGAAAGGGCUGUCAAGUAUUUUACAGAUGCUAUUAUACACAAUCCUACAGAAUAUAAGUUGUUUGGGAACCGUGCAUUUUGCUUUGAGAAAAUGCAGCAGUAUGAAAAAUCCCUAAUGGACGCUAAUGUGGCUUUAUCAAUGAAUCCUCAAUGGAUUAAAGGAUUGUACCGUAAGGGCAGGGCCCUCACUGGCUUAAAGAGGUAUAUGGAAGCCAUGGUUGUGUAUAAAGAAGUGCUAACACUCGAUAAAAGCUGUGCGGAAGCAGCCCAGGAGCUCAUUAAAGUCCAGAUCCUUCAGCUUACGGAAAUGGGAUUCACGAAAGAACAGAGCACUAAUGCCAUGGUCAUCUAUGGUAGUGUAGAAAAAGCUUUAGAUGCUCUAUCUGGGUUACAAGGUUCUUUUAUUCCAACUAAGCCUUCUGCACAGGAGUGGGUGCAAGUAGAUAAGCACUCCCAAUCUCCUAAACCUAUUUCUCAGGGGGCCCCUCAAGUCCAGCAGCCAGUCCCACACAUCCAGCCCCGCCUUCCAGCCUCAUCUCAGCCCAAACUUAUUAAACCUGAACUUUUCCCAAUCUGGGUUGGUUGUCCAGUGCCAACCUUAACAGAAGCUUUUAUAUAUGACUUGUUCAACCAAGUUGGCCCUGUUCACAGUGUGAAGGUUUUGAGAAACAAAGGCUGUGCAUUUGUGAAUUACAUCCGUAAAGAAGACAGUGAUGAGGCCAUUAAGAAGCUGCAUGGUUAUAUAGUAGCUUCAGGAACACCUCUCCAAGUACGCUAUCCUGAUCGAAUACACCCACACCUGGGGGUGUCUAAAGCUGCUGCUGUUGAACACAAUGAUAAACUCCCAGAUGAGUGUCAUUUUUGGAGAACUAUAGGCUGCAUCAAGAACCAACACUGCCAGUACAGACAUGUCCCGGAAAAUAAAGGCAUUGACCGCAACAAAGUUAAAUAGCCCAAGGAUUGCACAGUCAUAGUUUUCCCUUGGGAAUGCAUACUAUGUAGCUUCGCUGAUCAUACAGUAUAUUCCUUUCUGCACUCAUUCAUACAAAUGCUUGUGUAGAGAAACAUUAACCUGUACGUAAUCAGACAUAUGAACUGUUGAACAGACAAUCAUGCUCUGUCUCGCAUGCAUUAUAUUCUCUCUCUUUCUCACACACACACAGAGAGAGAGAGAGAGAGAGAGAUAAUGCUACUGUACUCAUCUCCUGUUCCACUCACUGUGACCGUGCACUGAUUAUCAUCUCUUGGUUUUUGGGUGUGAAGGCUGCCUGUCUAAAGAUCACUGUUCUCUCUCUCUCUCUGGCUAUGAGCUCUUCAAUUGUGUGCUCUGCUUCAGAGCUGUGAUUAGUGGAGUUGCAAGCGCCUCUUGUUGGUUAAUGAAUCAUUCCCACCACUUUGUUGAAUGAAGCAAGUUCUUUUAGGGUUUAAUUUUUGAUUAACCUUCCAUUAUAAGCAAUUUAACUAAUUCCAAUUAGUUUUAGUCAGUGUUUAAUUGGAAGGCCCUGGUAUUAUGUUGAUGUUGGAACAUGUCUAAAAAAAAAAGGGAAUUGACAGCAAGUCCCAUGAAGUUUGGGUUGUGCCAAAAUAUCUUUUAAUGCAUUCUUUUUUGUGAAAAUAAGUUUUAAAGAAUCCCCAAACCUGCUAUUUUAAUUUGGAAUUUUAAUAAUGCUGUUGCCUUUCUUUUAAAUUAAAUUUGUUUACUAAAGUC